AAAGCUAUGAAAGGAAAGGAAUAUAAAACUUGCUGAAUUAAGCAAACCAGCAGCACAGCCUGCUCCCCUUCCUCAACUUUACAGGACUCCUCACAACUCCUCCUGUUCAUCUCUGCAAGCAAACAAGUAACAGCAAUUAGCCAAAGAGCAAAAAGGAGCACAGAAGAGCAGCAAGAAGCAGCAGCAACUUCCAGUUCAGCACUGUUUCUUCAGCAUCCAGGACUAGAUUAAGUUAGCAAAGCACCCCCAGGAAUCAGAUGUACAUUUUCUUGUUGUGAUUUUAAUGGCAUAUUGAAAUGCUAUUGUAAUUUAAGGCAGCAUUAGAUAAUCUGCUGAAGACUCCUGAUUAGAAGAAGGAACAAUUUUUCCAGGCCUCUGGUAGAAGACGACCCGUCUGUCUAUGCCAAGGAGAUAUUUUAUCGCCUGGUGACUGAUCAGCAUAUCAGCGACUGGAGAGGACUAUGCAGUCUUGUUGUAGCUGUUUUGGUCCCAGGAUAUUAUAGAGACAAGUUGGAUGAGCUGAGUGAGGAAGUGGAGCACGUAGCUGAGCAUCCAGAGCCAAUGGAGGAGGGGGAAAUGGAUGACGAUCAGGAGGAUACCAGCUCCGCUAUUUUACCAGUCCUAGAUAGUGAAUCGGGUACCAGUAGCCCUUCUGUGCGUUUCAGCAAGACCUGCCUAAAGAAUGUCUUUUCAGUAAUUCUCCUCUUCAUUUAUCUGCUGCUUAUGGCUGUAGCUGUGUUCCUUGUCUACCAAACUAUCACUGACUUCAGGGAAAAGCUCAAACACCCAGUGAUGUCUGUCUCUUACAAGGAGGUGCCCUUGUACGAUGCACCUGGUAUUGCACUUUACCCAGGCAAGGCUCAGCUGCUUAGCUGCAAGCAUCAUUACUAUGAUCACAUUCCGCCUCUGAUAAACCCAGGUCAGCCAGGAGAAAUUGAGUGCACCACUCAGAGAAUCAACUACACAGAUCCUUUUACUAAUCAAACCAUGAAACAUGCUUUGAUUGUCCAAGGACCUCGAGAUGUGAAGAAAAGGGAACUGGUGUUUCUGCAGUUCCAUUUAAAUGAAACAGACCAGGAUUUCAGUGCAAUAAACUAUCUUCUGUUCUCUUCUUUCCAGGAGUUCCUCAACAGUCCAGAUAAAACAGAAUUCAUGAAAGACUGUGAAAGCUCAUACUCCAGCUGGAAGUUCUCUGGUGGUUUUCGAACCUGGGUCAAAAUGUCCUUGGUGAAAACAAAAGAAGAAGAUGGGCGUGAGACUGUGGAGUUCAAACAGGAGACUAGUGUGGUUAACUACAUUGACCAGAGGCAUAAGCCAGCAAGUGACCAGUUGUUUUUUGUGGUAUUUGAAUGGAAAGAUCCUUUUAUACAAAAAGUUCAAGAUAUUGUCACUGCCAAUCCUUGGAACAUGAUUGCUCUACUAUGUGGUAUUUUCUUAGCUCUGUUUAAAGCAGCAGACUUUGCCAAACUAAGUGUUAAGUGGAUGAUCAAAAUCCGCAAGAGGCACCUGAAGAGGAGAAGUCAAGCAAUGAACCACAUAAGCUGAGGACUAAACCACCUUUAGAACAUUUUUAGUACACUGGAUAAAAUUUCAACCAACAAUGCAGCAGUUACAUAAACUAAAGAGAGUUGUGUGUUUAAGGAGAACUACUUACCUUUGCUGGAGUGACAGCAUAAAGGAACUGACACACACCUUAAGAGGCUAACUCUGAAGAAUAAGACUACUAAACACAUGUCUUUUUAAAAAUGUAAGUUAUGAACAUCUUUACCAAGCUUGUGUCAAUUUAUUGGGGGUGGAAUGGAAUUCAUAAAGUAAUGUUCAAAAUGUCAGCUUAGAACAGAAUACAGACAUGUCUGUAUUUAUUUGGCGUCUAGACAGUAGUUUAAGCUUUUCUCCAUGAGCUAAAUGGACUGCCCCUGCUACCAUAAGAGUGCCCUGAACCAGUAAAAUGACUUGUCAUCCUCAGUCUGAUCUUCCCAGUCAUAGUUAUUAUCUAUGAACAGUAAGGAGCAAAGCACUUACAAGAUCAAUGUAAAAAUGGGUCAAAAGGUUUAAUCUCUUAAAUCUCCAACCUAUUACCUAGAACAUAGAAUACCUGGGAUUUUUAUCAAACAUUUCACAUUUGGUUAAAAUGCACCGACUGUGUAUUAAAGCUACUUUAAAAGCAAGUUAUGUAUGUGUAAGCCAUAUGGAAUAUAUCAUGGAUCACUGCCAGUUACUACUUCUUAAACAAAGCCUCUUGCCUUAAUACUUCAUCUGUAGGAUGAUUCUUCCAUAAACCAGAUUCACAAAUACUUAUGUACAACUUGUGUUGAAGUGAAUGAGAGCAGAAUUUGACCAUUCUAGUAGCUAACACACAAGCAAAGCUGUGGAGUUCUGUCCCAAAGAAGGUUGGGGACAGCACAAAAGGUCUGUAGAACUCAAGCUGGUGAAUUUCUGAACCUCAAUUACAUGGAACCUAAUUGCUGGGAAUAAUAAUUUAGGAAUGAAAAAAGGAAAUUGAGCCUAUAAUGGCCUAGGACAGUAUAAUACUUAAAGUCCAUUUAUUAAGCGUUCUACUUUGAGAGGUAUAAUGUUUUCUGUUGUACUUAGGGUACGUCUACACUACCCACCGGAUCGGCAGGUAGUGAUUUGAUCUAUUGGGGAUCGAUUUAUCGCAUCUAGUGUAGACAUGAUAAAAUCGAUCCCCGAUCACUCCACCGUCAACUCUAGAACUCCACCAUGGCAAGAGGCGGAAGCAGAGUCGACGGGGGAGUGGCAGCGGUCGACUCGCCGCUGUCCUCACGGCCAGGUAAAUCGACCUAAGAUAUGCUGACUUCAGCUAUGCUAUUUAUGUAGCUGAAGUUGCAUAUCUUAGGUUGACUUCCCCUCCAGUAUAGACCUAGCCUUAGAGCUUUAAAAAAAAAAAAAUCACACUUUAUACUGCUUAAGUCUACCCUGACCUCAUAUAUACACUUUAUUUUUCUCCAUAAAACCCAAUCCCCAUGCAUUUCUGUCUCCUAGAACCCAUACUGAGUUCUUGCCGGUACCUUACCUCUGGAAUUCAUUUGAGGGGAUAUAAAAGAAUUGUCAUAAAACCAAAACAUGUAUCUGACUCCAAAAAUAUACUAACAAGUCAGGAAGAAUAUCAAAUGCAGGUUAUUUAGAAUGAUCAAAUGCUGAAAAGGUACAAAGCUUUUCUUGCUAAAACUUAGGACUGAAUUCAGCUCCCACUUGUGCCCCAUGCAAUUCCAUUACUCUAAUGUUCCAGGAGGCAGAACAAACUGGGAGUCUUGCCCAAAUGGGCAAAAUCAAGCCAAUUCCCUGUGACUAACAGUUCUAGGGUACCUUCUAAGCAGCAAGAACAGAUCUGCAAUUGUAACACUACUUUUCCUCUAACUAGAAGGGAGGAAGGAGAUCAAUAGAGCCCUGCAAAUCUGCAGAUAUCCACGGACCAUGUUUGCAGAUGGGAUAUAGAUACAAAUUUUGUUUCCGUGCAGGGCUCUGAUUAUCAGUACCAAGUGAUCCAGCUGGUUAGUAUAUGCAUUUAAGCUGGAAAUCCUGGCCCCAGUAAAAUCAGUUGUCAAGAUUUCACCCCAUUUCUUUUGGAACAAUUGCAUAGGGAUAGAAACCAGUUUUCUUUCUACUCAAGAGUUGUACUACAGCAAAAUCUGAAAUUUAAAUAUUCAGGUAGUUCUAUUUUUGUGAAAUAGAAGUGAACUAACAAAAGAAUCUCUGCAGGUGACAUCUAGACAUAACUAAACACCUGAGUAUUUCUUUAAAAGGAAUCAGUUUUGGAGGGGAAAAAUCCCUCAUUAUUUCUGUAUUGAAAAAUAAGCCCUUUGUAAUGCAAGGGAGAUGCACAGGAAAGUAGAGCCCCUCCAUGUGUUGGUUUCAAGACUUCCCUCCAAAUUCUACUAACACCGUGUAUAGCUCUGUUAGCAUUCAUUUGUUGAAAUGUUUGGGAUGCAUGUCUUCUACCGUAGCCUAGUUUGCCAGAUGAGCUAUCUUUUAGUGUUUGAACAUAUUCUUAUGGCUUUAACUAGCUAGAUUGAUUGUGGUUUCCGGAGUCCUGAAGUAUCUCAGACAAGAAUUUCUUCUAUGAGGUCUCAAAUGUAACAUUUCACUGCAAAACACUGAGUAGCACAGAAUCAGCUGCAAUGAAAAAGGAACCAAUGCUGAUAUGAAAUUGCCACUGUUUAGGUAGUAAGAGCAUAAAAUAGGGACCUAUCAUGCAAACCUUACUUUUAUGUAACAAAUCUUAUACUUGAAGCCAAUCCCAUUCCCCCCUUCAGAUGACUAAAAGACUCUCCAAUACAUAAUGAAAAGAAAUUAUGCAUUAUAUUUGCUCUAAAUAUAAACUUUCUAUAAAAAAACAUGUACUUACAUUUCUUGAAGGUCACUUUGUCCUCCAAAGACAUAUCUGAACAACUACAGUAUAUUUGUGUCUCCUAUUUUUGCAAGUCUACCAUUACGUUUCUUUGAAUCAAGAAUCAAUAGAGCAUUUGCUCUGUAAACAUGUUGUCCAUUUUGUUUUAAGAUUUGUUGUGGUGUAUACUGCUUAAGAGACUAAGGCAGUGUCUACACUGCCAUUUUACAGCGCUGCAACUGUCUCACUCAGGGGCGUGACAACACCCCCUCUCCCCUGAGUGCUGCAAGUUUCAGUGCUGUAAAGUGGCAGUGUAGACAGUGCACCAGCGCUGGAAGCUAUGCCUCUCGUGGGGGUGGGUUUUUUAAAAACUGCUGCCACAACUACACAGCCACGGCAGCGCUUUAAUGUUGCUAGUGAAGACAUACCCCUAAGUCAGAACUACAUUGCUAUGCUCUGCCUCAGUGUAGUCCUGGUUCCCAAGGAAAACACUACUCACACAUUUUUGAACUUCAAGUCCACCAAAUCAGCAGUCAUUCUAAGGGAACCCAGACAGUGCACAAGCGCUUAUCCAGGACCAGGCUGUUCAAGGAAAACAUUCUUUGGUAGAUCCCGCAUCCCACUGAGUCCUUCCCCAUGCAAUUAGAGGCCAGGGUCAUGUCAGUCAGUUUUAGAUAUCUUGAAGCUGCUGCACAGGCCCAUUUCCUUUCUGAAAUACAACAAUCCAAGACAAAGAAAGGAGUUAGGAAAAAGUGUUUCUCUACAGAAAAGCAGCACACCUAAUUCAAAUAUUGUACAGACUUGCCCACUGAAGCCUGCAUGCACCUUUUUCUUUAAACUGGAACUUACAAGCAGCAAAGAAAUCUUUUUAGAACUAAUCAAGGAAAACAAGUCAUUAUCUUCUCUAAAUAGCAAGCAGUUCUCACACCUAAGCAGAUACAUAAAUGAGGCCAAUACUUUUAGGAAUGUAUCACCUACUGGUGAGGUAGUUCAACAGCUAAGAACAGGGCAUUGAACCUUCAAUACUUGAUCAACUGCAGGGCCUGGACACAAAUGAUCUGUAGAAACAUACCAUUGGUCAACAACCUUUAUGCUUUGUCAACCAAGAUUUAACUCUACUCCAGAGCUGGAGUUUAGAUAGCUAAGGGCACAUCUUCACUGCCAACAUUAGAGCACUGCCAUGGCAGCGCUUUAACAUGGCUUGUGUAGUCACGUCACAGUGCUGGGAGAGAGCUCUCCCAGCGCCCUAAAAAAACCCCCACCCCAUGAGGGGUGUAGCUCCCAGCACUGGUGCAUUGUCUAUACUGGCACGUUACAGCGCUGAAACUUGCAGCACUCAAGGGUGUGUUUUUUCACACCCCUGAGUGAGAAAGUUGCAGCGCUGUAAAGUGGCAGUGUAGACAAGGCCUUAGGCUUUUCAUUCAGGCUGAAUAUUGCACACAUUUCUUCAUAACUCACUUAACAUAAGCCUUCUGGUCAUCAUGGAGAGAGACAAAAAGAAGGUGAUAUACAGCAUUAAAUACAAACAUAAAGACUUUAUUGAAUGCUGCUCAAUCCCCUAGUGAAGAUUUUAUUACAAAAGUUUUCACACAACUGCAGUUUAAGAGAUUGGAAUGGUAUGUCUGAUAAAAGAUGUGAGCAAGACUUGAUUAAGUAAAACAAACGACUUCUAUAGUCAGCUUUUUCCAUAUUUAAGCAGCAUACUGCAUUUUCACUAAAUAAAACAAGGCAUUUGUGGUUAGUGCUCUUCACUGCCAUAGAGAAACCCUGUUUGGAAUGCCAGAUUUUGUCUCACUCCCCAGGCCAGCAGAAGCUGAAAGUGCUGCAGAAAAAGCUCAAUCAGCCUCUGAAGGAGGGAACUGCAUUGUUCCACAGAGAUUCCUUGGGUUGACAUAAGAGCUUCAUUGAUGGGCUCUAAGGGAAGCUCCAUCCUCAGCUGCAGGAUAAGAAACAAACUUAAACAGACCCAGCAGAGAGAAGCAUGGAGGGGGCAUGUGAACAGCAAGGCAUUCAUCAAAGUGGAAGGUCAGACACAAGAUAUACAGUUAUCUGUUCAAACUAGAGUUUUAUUUUAUGUUUUCAUACUUCAUCUUAUUUGUAACUUGUGCUUUUCAUAAUUAAAAAUUUAAACCC